AUGGCGCACCCAGAAUUUGCUGUUGUUACGAAUUUUUUAAUUUCUGUCUCUCUUUUUUUCCAGAUAUUUCCUGUGCUGCUAAUAGCCGUGGUCGCGCGAUGUCGAUGUGACCACGCGAAUGGGUUCAGCAAUCACAAUGGGAACUUUGGAUCACAAUUCGGAUCGCUGCUGAAGCCGCCGCCACCGCCUCCACUUCCCAUUGUACCCGUGCCCUUCCACAAAGGCACAGAGAGAAACCAGCGCCAGACCUCAGAUGUCGGCUACCAGUACCAAACCCCACCGCCCCCACCGUCAUCCAAUGACUUCAAAUUCCUAGCUCCUUUCUACAAACAGUACAAUUUCAAUUUCGUCCCUCCUCCCCAACCCUUUACUACUACUCCUUCGCCUUCCCUAUUUCAAAAAGUGUCGGGAUGGCUUUUCUCAUCACAACAAACACAACAAAAUAGUUAUACAGGCUCAAAUUUAUAUAAUAACGUAGCUCCUAUAAAAAAGGAUUGUAAUCCUUGUAAUUUAGUGCCAUGGUUACCAGUAAUUAGAUACAAUUUAGGGGCUAAAAAUAUUUAUCAGAAUUCUUUGCCAACGUAUGGACCACCCAGUCCUACAGCUUAUGCUAAUUCAUUGAAAGCACAUCCGCAACCUUUCAAUUCGCAAAGUCAAGUUAAACCACCGCCACAACUUGUGCCGGGAGUGCCACAUGCUAAUUAUGGUCCACCUUAUAACGGUGGAUCAGUAAAAAUCAUUAGUUCUACCUAUGGCCCGCCAAGUGCUACACAUACUUUAGACAUCAUAUCCCAAAAUCCUCCAAGCUCUACAUAUUCUCAACCAAGUUCAUCUUAUAAUGCACCUAGUUCUUCAUUUGUUUCACAUAGCAAUUCAUUAGACUCACAGUUCCUAUCAACUCCAUCUCAAGGAAUAUCAAAUAAUUUCUUCAGUAUACCUACUUCAACUUAUCAACCACCCAUACUUUCUUUUGGAACUCCAGCCCCAUCGUACGGAGUACCUUCUUCGUCUUACGGUACCCCGUCUCCAUCGUAUGGCGUUCCUUCUUCUUCGUAUGGGACUCCAUCUCCAUCGUACGGGACUCCAUCUCCAUUGUACGUAACCCCUACUCCUUCAUAUGGUACCCCUUCACCUGGGUAUGAAACGCCUCGUCCAGUUGUUACAAAUUUCGAACCAGUUACCCCACAAUAUGAUCCCGGGAGUCUGAAUAAAGACCUUUCCCCUCAAAACGACGUAGAAUUAUUGGAAAAUAUAACACCUAAUUCAGAAUUACAAUUACCAAAAGUUUCACAUCCAACUACAUUUAAAAAUUCUUAUGGUGAACCUAUUACUAAUACACAUUUAUUCGAUAUUUCUUAUCCAGUAUCGGCUACGGCUGCAGAGUCAUCUAAAGUCAGAACAGUAUUGCCACAGAAUAGUACGAAAGCACCAAUAUCAGGCGAGUCAUUCGCACUCGCAAAUCCAGCUCCAUUUUCAUUGAAUAGAGGUAGAAACAUUCACACUCUGCAGCCAGUUGCACUGCCUAACCUCAGCGUGUCACCCUUGCCUCCUAUAUUUAAUGCCCGGCCUUUCCGACCAAUGCCACCUCGAUUUUCUUCAAACGUCCUGCAAGGAAUAAAUUCAAUGCAACAAAACAAUAAUAAUGUCCGUAUUGAACAAAGUAUACCACUUACAGAAUUUACUCACUCCGUAGAUUAUCCUGCGACUAUAAUAGAGUCUCCUAUUAUAGAAAUAGAUCCUCCAUCCAAUGUCAAUCAAUCUAAAGCAUAUAGAAAUAUAGCUAAUAGUUAUGUAGUUGAUGAAAUUAGGGAUAUAUCUUCUCAAGCCUCCGAAGAUCAUAUUUCAGCAACUAAAUCGAAUACUGAUUCAAGUUUUGAAAGUACGGGAGCAGAUGUGGGUAAUGAACUAUAUGACAACAAUGUCCCUAAUGAUUUCAAACAUGGGUCGCGCUUCCCUUCGAAUCACAAAGUCAAUUUUGCCGAUUUGAGAGGACUGAAUGAUGAUGAUGUAGAUAAAUACCGCACAGAAAAUAACUUACAAAAUAUUGAUUCACCCCUUCUGUACCUUAAGCCAAACACUCCGCAUAAAAAUCAUGGAGAUUUUAUACUCGCUGUAUCUUCACCAAUACCCGAAAAUGAAUAUGAAAUAUAUGAUGAUAUUCCAACAACAACCUCACCAACUACAGCUAGUUGGGAUGAAAAUGUACAAGGAAGCGCAUAUAAACCGAAGAUCGUCCAAAUAAUUGUACCUUAUACUACAGGAAAUAAACAGACCAUUACAAAUGAGGACUUGGAACAAAUGUCAGAAGAAUGGCUUUCGACACCGAAAGAUGAAUCUCAACCUCGUAAAGUUCCAGCAAACACAGAAAACUCAUUUGUAACUGCCAUGACAGAAGAUUCUAACAAUAUUGCAGUAACAACAACGGAAGAUACAUCUGAGGUUGAAAACUAUGAUUCAGAAAGAUCAAAAGACUUCUAUGAUGUAAAGGAACCACCAUUUGAUAUUAUAAAACUCCAACACACUAUAGACGACUGGACUGAACAGGAAUACUCAAAACAAUACAAAACUCCUCAAAGAACUCGGAACAAUGAGAAACAUGCUAAGCAGAUUCCCGACGAUUAUUUUACAACUACAAUGCCAACAAACUACGUAUCAACAACCAACAAUUACAAUUAUGAUUUCUAUGAUCACGAAGGUUCAAGUAGCGUGCAACACACAGUCACUGACGAAAGUAAUAAUACUUUCAGUAAGCCGCGAAAAGAAUACAACGUAAUAGAGAGAACGAAGAAUAGACAUAAUAGUGGUAAGAAUGAAGAAGUAGAUCAGGUGCAGAAACUUCAUAUUUAUACGGCAGCAUCAUCUUUCCGCACAACUAGUACAAGUACGUCUACUACAACUACUCCGGCACCGUGGGGCAAAAUACAAACAUCGAUAUCACCGUUAACUAAAGAAAAAGUCUAUGUGGUUACUUCAAAGCCAUGGAGAGACAUGCGCAAUGCGUCAGCCGAAUGGUAUGAAGUAGAAUCUUUUGAAUCUAAGAAAACAAGUUCCGACGGUGACUUUUCAGAUUCAAUUGAUUUGCCAUUUAGGUCCCCGAGGUUUAUUAAUCGACCGUCAUUCGGCUUUACAUCGGGAGGAAAGAUCGAGUCUGAUGCAUCUUAUGGCUUUUCUAAAAGCUGGUAUCAAAGCAUAAACGAGCUGGAGACACAGAAGCAGAGCAAUAGUACGUCCUUCCAAGAAGCUACUGAGCAGACAGUUUCCACUAACUUGGACGAGGACUCAACGGCCACGACUGCAAACCCUCAUAAUGGUUGAGAGGUGCUAAGUGACGUGACAAUUAAAAGUGACCUUUAAAAACAGUGACGAUAAAGUGUAAAAUGUGUAAAACUCUAUAAUAUAUGUUGUAUACGUAAUAAAUAUAUUAUAGUCAGUGAGUGACACAGUGCAAAUUAAGAAGAACGCGACCCGUGUUCUUUUUAUUUUGACCAAAUAAAGUAAAGGACUCUAAUUAAUAAGUAAUGUUAACCAAAGUUGGGACUUCAUUAUUCAAUUAAAGUAUUGUUUUCAUUAUUUUUAUAUGUAAUCAUUAAAUACAUUCAUCCCUUAUAAUGUGUUUUAGCUUUAAUUCAAUUAGAUGUAUUUUUCAAGUAUUACCUAUCUGUAUCUGAAAUUAUUAUUAUAUUCAUUAGAUUUAAUAGAUCUUUGUAAAUAUUGAAAUGUAAAUAAAAUGAAUGAAUCGUG